CAUUGACAACCGCCAUUGUGGUGACAGUCCAACUUCAAAAAAAGUAUCAAACGCGCUAGGUUGCUGCAAUUUCGGUCACUAAAAACCAAUUUUCUCCUGCAAAAUCAAUCUUGCUGUGCAGAAAAAUUAUACAAAAUAGUGCUGUGAAUAUUUGUGCAGUGAAUAGUGGUGUUUUCUUGCGUACCCAUAGUGUUUUGCACAUUUUACAGCUGUAUUUUUGUGGGGGUGAUUUUCGAACACAUUUUUUGUUUUGUCAAAGCCAUUUUUCAUCCCAGGCCCUUCGAUGGUAUAAGGCCCAAAAUAUUUUGUGUUCUCUUGGGGGGAAAAACAACAGCAUGGAUAUCGACAACGCCAAAGAAAACAUUCAACCCUUGGCCAGUGGUCGCAACAUCUCACUCCUCGAAGCAGCCCUUCACGCCGAGACCCAUCAGGAUGCACACAGAGAAUUGAUGCAGAAGCGAGAGGAAUUUGAGAGACGUAUAGCUGAGUAUUGUGGGGAUGAUCCUCUGGAGCUGUGGUAUGACUAUAUCUUGUGGAUAGAGCAGUGCUAUCCCAAGAGUGGGAAGCAGAGUGCAUUUGAUGAUGUACUGGUCAAGUGUAUAACCACCCUGGAGAACGACGAAAGGUAUCACCAGGAUCGUCGGAUGGUUAAGAUCUACAUUAAAUUUAUUGACUCUCAGCAAAGUCCUCAUGAGCACUAUAAUACGCUGUACAAUCAGGGAAUUGGAACAUUGAUAGCGGAUCUUUAUAUCUGUUGGGCAUACUAUUUUGAAAUUCUGGAGAAUUUUGAGAGAGCCGAAAAGAUCUAUAGUAUGGGCUUUGAUGCUGGUGCACAGCCCUUUGAUGAGUUAAAGCAGGCACAUGAUCAAUUUCUUGUGUCAGUGGCCCAGAGGACUCUCUAUCGGGAUGAAAAGAUGCGUCAGACAUUCUUUUCGACCAUGGAAGAACGUCGGAAUGCUUUGACAUCAUUGAGUGGACAUCGAAGCAAUAGGGUUGGGAGUAUUCGGACAGGAGGGGUGGUACGUGAUGUCAAUCCGGGAAGAGUUGAACAGACUUUUGCUGCAUCUCAUUCCCGGGCACCGUAUCAGGCUACAACAACGUCGGGAAUUGCCAUUUAUGUUGAUGCUCAUCAGGAGAGUUUCAAUGGACCACCAGAAGCGAGUACCUCAUCGGGAAUACGCAGUAUUGUGAGUAGUGCGACAAAACAGGAAAAUCAAUGGGAACCGGGACCGUGGUCAAAGGCCAAAAAACGAACACAGAGCAAUGCUCUUUUCCCGUCGGCUGUUGUUGGUCGGCCAAAUACAAAAUUAGAAUUUGACAUUAUGGAGGAUACAGAUGAAUGGUGUGGACCUGCUAGGCUUCCGGCUAAUUUUGCGCGGACAAAUUACAAACAGGAUGAUUUUUCUGUUAAUGUGAUGUUAAUGGAAGAUCUACCGGGUGGUAUAUUUCCCAUGUAUGACAAAAUUCUCUGCUAUCCAAAUGCCAAAAAUAUUGUCUUUUCACCGGAAGAGCUGAGAGCCUAUCGUUGGUUCAGGAAUCGGGGUAGGCGGGCUGCUGUGACGGAAGAAUUGAAGGAUUUUGUUGAGAAUUCCUAUGACAAUGGUGUGAGAUUGCCGGAAAAUUUUCGGAGAACAAAUGAGAAGCAAGAUGUAUUUCCGGUGGAUAAGUGUAAGGCGGAAGUUUUGGUGAAUCAGGAACUUAUGUGUCGUGUAGAGGCUAUGAAUAUGCUCAAUGACAAGGAAGAGAUGAGUUUUGAGGAGCUCCAGAGGGUGAAAUAUGAGAGAUCACGAGCAGCUAGAAAGCGUACUACCAACGAAUUCUGUAUUCCUCAACCACCACAAACACAGCAAGUCAAUAUGAAUGACACCUGUUCCACACAAACCUUCAAUUUCUUCAUAAAACCCCAGAGUGUUAGCACUCCAAAGCCAGAUCUCAAGAAAUUUAUUGUAACACCACGUUCGAGUUUAUCUCUCUAUCAGCCACCGAGUCAGCCGGCUGUAGAUGUCCCCAGGCAGCCGGAUGUGAAUCUGGGGGAGACGGAGGAGGCACCAGUUACCGCCACCACCAAACAAUUGUCAACAAUUUGGGAAGUGAGUGAACCCAGUACGACAACAAGCUCAAGUGGUACAAGUACUAAGUCUUCAACAUCUUCCGCCGAUUCCCCGGAUAAUGUACCCGGAGAACUCAGACCGACAAAAUUUCCCCAAACAACGCCAACAGUCAUUUCAGCAUUUGUUUACCAAGGAGCUACUACUGAUGGAAGAUGUGCUGGCAAUAGUUCAAUAAAAAUGUUCAGGGAGGAAGUAUCGAGUGUUAAUCCAAUUACCGUUUAUGAAGAUCCAACAACGGAAAAUCUACUGGCACCACCGAAAAUCAUCCCAGCACCCGAUGAUGAUUACUACAGUGAAUUCUUUCAGUCACCACCUGAAGCCACGAAAAGGAAGGAAUUUGGCACAAAGAUAUCACCACAGAGAGCCAAUGAUUCCCUGACAUUCCCCAGUAUGCGUGAAAUGGCGGUGUCCGGGAUGACAUCGUCAAUUUUUGGAAAGCGUGACAUGGAAGGUGUUUUGAAUACAUCGAAAAUUGGUGGCAGUGCCCAGAGAGAGGAUUCCUUGCAAAUUUUGCAGGUAAGACUUGUGAGUGGAAAUGGAAGUGGAGCAGCGGGACCAAUUUUCAGUGAUUCCACAAGACCGACACACUCACAGAAUGGUCAGUCUAUGGGUCUUUUCCCUCCGGUUGGACCCUUUGCUAGCCGGGUAGUUGAAGAGGAGGAUGACGACGACGAUGAUGAUGACAAUGAUGAUGACGAUGAAGAUGUGGAAAUUGUUGAUAUGAAACAAUUUGGCAAUACAUCGAGAUCAUUCUAUUCACCACCAUUGGCGAAGGUACCAAAAAUCAUGGAUGUCCAUUCUGUGAGGGAGCCACAGCAUCAUGUGUGGCACAGUUUGUCGGUCAUUAAGGAAGGUCCAGUACCUCCGGAUUCUUCAUUUACAUUCCCACCGAGUAAUCUGCAGACAUUGGAUGGGGGAGCGAAGAAGGAGGAUACGGUUGGGAAUCUCAAUGAAUCCGUCACUGUGCCCCAUAUGGAAAAUGUUUGGGCGAAUGAUGAGGCCAAAGAUUGGAGUGGGAGGAAGAGUAUGGAUGAGCGAAAGUCACUGAUUGUGAGUCAUGUGAGUGAAAAUGAUCCCCUGAGGAUGACAAUUACGAUGCGUGAUGGCAAUAAAAAUGCCUCAAUGGCCAAUAAUUCGGUGUAUGUGAAGCAGAGUCCACAGAAUAAUAGAACAGGGAAGAUUACACGGCAGGACUUUCCAUCUCCGGCUGUCAAUGGUACAGACAGUGGACAGAGUAUCUAUAUGAUGCCAAACAAUUCGGUGAAUGGUGCAUCCAAUCCGGAGGAUGAUUGGAGUGAGGAUGACAAUCAGCCAUUGUCAUCGUAUCAGCGCAAGGAAGUGGAUAUGAAUGAGACACAGCAAGUGAUUGAUGAUAAUCUUGGAUUGGAGGUGAUGAAUCCCUUCAAUCCCAAACUCAUCAAUGCUUUCCUCGAAAAGGCCGACUUUAUGAAUUUCCUCGAGUCUCUGGACAGUUGCAUCCUGACAAAUAUUGUCAAGAUGAUCAAGCCAAAUUCCGUGAUGGAGAUGAAUGGAAUGACACUGGAUGUGGGAAAACUCCUAGGAUCCGGGACAUUCGGAAAAGUUUACCAUGCAAAAUGUCGCGAAACAGGAAAUUGCUACGCCCUCAAACAGGAACGUCCAGCCAAUUUGUGGGAGUAUUAUAUUGUCUUGGAGCUCAAGUACCGAAUGCACGAAAUGAAUCAGUCUCUGAUGUCAGCAUUCGUGGAUGUUGAAUUCGCGAUGAUUGGAAAUAAUGCAAGUAUUCUAGCACUGCCUUUCUGUCGAUACGGGACAUUGGUAAAUGUUUGCAAUGUCCAUAAAUUCUCAACGGAGAAGAAUCUUCAUGAGUUUAUUGUGAUUAUGCUGGCGACUCAAAUUUUCUCAAUCAUUGAUCAUCUCCAUGCGUGCAAUAUCAUUCAUGCUGACAUCAAGCCAGAUAACUUUAUGCUGACAUCCAAAUUGAAUUAUGAUUCGCCUUAUUCUGCCCUCAAACUCAUUGAUUUUGGCCAAUCAAUCGACAUGAAACUCUUCCCGGAGAAUACAACGUUUAAGUAUGUGGUGAAGACGGAAGGAUUCACGUGCACGGAGAUGUUGGAGGAUAAACCGUGGACUUACCAGACGGAUUUGUUUGGUGUGGCAGCAACGAUUCAUGUGCUUCUCUUUGGGAAGUACAUGAAUGUAACUAAAGGGUAUUCAGGUUGGGUGAUGACGACAAAAUUGCCCAGAUAUUUUCAGAAGGCAAUGUGGGAGAGAAUUUUCUCCAAAUUGCUCAACAUUCGGGAUUGUCAGUCCAUGCCCAAUCUCCAGGAUAUGAAGUUGAUGCUGAAGAAGGAACUGGCACUAAAAGAGCAAAUGGUUAGAGAUCAAAUAAUUAAAUUCAAUUCUGUCCUAGAUAAUUAUAAGCCUGGUUUGUGAAUAUUUUAAUUAUAUUUCGACUAUUUUUUUUAAAGAGGAAGAUUAAAAAUUUUAGCGUGAAAGGCACAACAUUGAUGAAUUUAUUCAGGCGCCCCUAAACUCAAUUUUUGUUUUUAGAAUCUUGAUUUGUGGAUAGUUGAUGACCCAUGGUAAUUCCGGUAAUUCCAAACCUUCUUUCUGAAAAUAGAGAGUGCUUGAGUUCAUGGGUGUUGAGCUGAUUAUAUAAUUAAGUAAUUUAAAAAAGGAAAAUUAAAUUGAGUAAAAGAAUUGAAGAUGAUUUGUAAGCGAAAAAGAUAUUUUUAACAAAAAAAAAAGUACGAGAAAUGUUUGAGAAAAAAAAACGUUAGGAGCGUGGUAGGAAAUUUGAAAAUUGUACUAAAAAAGAUGAAUAUACGAAGUGAACUUCAGA